UAGGCGGAGCAGUGAGCCCGUCUGUACGACUUUACCACGCAGUGAAGAAGACCGACUGCGAUGGAUCCUAAACAAUCUUCCAGCAGGUAAACAUUUAAACCAGUUUUUGUCUGUACAGCUGAAAAGCCCGAGUGGAGUAACAGUGAUGAAAACAGAUUAGGAGAUGCUCCAGUUCUGAUCCAGUCAUGAGCGUCUUGGGCUUCUUCACCCGAGCGAAAGAGGAGGACCGGCGCUGGACGGAGGGAGAAAAGGCGAAGGAGCAGAGAGGUGGAGCUGCGCUGACCGGAGAAGAGGCCAGAGACUUCUACCAGAGUCUGCUUGGAGAAGAGCGUGCGAAUGGACAGAAGGAGAAGAAAGAGGACAGGAGGGAGAGACGACGGAGAAGAGGACGGACCCGAGGAGGAGGUCCGUACAGAAGGUCAUCAGGAGGGAGUGCGGCGCCCCCCGGUGGUCGAGCUGAUGCCGUGUCGGAGCGAGACGGUCACCGGCUGCUGCGCUGCGCUCAGGACGGAGACCUGCGGGCGCUGACAGAGCUGCUGGACCGCGGCUGUGAUAUAAACUUCCGCGACGGGUUUUACUGGACGCCGCUGAUGUGUGCGAGUCACGCCGGGCAGAGGGAGGCUGUCCAUCUGCUGCUGAGCAGAGGGGCCGCCUGGGUGGGAGUCGUAGACACACAGGGUAGAGAUGCUCGAUCGCUCGCUCUCCAGGCGGGUCAUCAGGACGUCGUAACAGAACUGGAGCAAUUCGGCAUCACAGACAACUUUCACACUCCUGAUGACAUCACACCCAGUCCUCGUUGGUGUGAGGUGUGCCAGGUGAAUUACACUGAUGGCGCUCAGGCUCACGCCACGUCCACUCUGCACCAGUUCAGCCUGAAGCGGCCCCCCACGGCCCCCCACUACUGCCUCUCUGAGUCCAGCGUCAGCUACAGGAUGAUGCUGCGCUCGGGCUGGGACCCCCACCGCGGCCUGGGACCCUCGCACUCCGGCCGGAAGAACCCCGUCGGCACCGUGCUGAAGAGGGACCAGCGCGGCCUCGGGUACGGACCCCCGCAGAAGUCAAAGGUCACCCACUUCGACGCCAAGGACCCGCAGGCCGUGCGCCGGACGGAGCGUAAAGAGGGAGCGGAGAGGAGAGAGAGACGGGCGAGACUCACUGUGAAAGAGAUGAAGAGGAGGGAGGAGAGAGAGAAGAACUGGGAGAGAGACUUCAGGAGCUCCUUCAACAUCCACACCUGAACUGACCGGCUCUGGACUCGGGCUUCGUUUUUACUCAGGAGGACAGUGACAGUCAAACGUUUGGGGACAUGUAGGUUUUUUUUUAAAUACAAAAAAUUGUUUUCUGUGUCGGUUUACUGUAACAUAUUAAACAGAUAAUUGUU